AACCUGGAGAACCUUGAGGAACGCGCUCCGUGCAAACUGGUUCCUCUAAUUCAAGAAGCCCCACACAGCCAACACCACGGAUGUGUGUCAGAUGCUUUCUUGCUUUAGCACAAGCUCUAGAAUGUGGGAUAGUUGCUUCUUCAUUGAAAUCUAGGAGCCCAAUAUGCAUUUCUGUGUCUGGAUAUAGAAAAAAAGGUAGCGUCCCAACCGUCGCAAAUUAGUACGGCUCCUUUCUAAGAAUCGAGGCUGCUAGCAUCAUCUCCUAUCUUCACAGGCUGUGCUUUCUGUAACGCCGAAUCGAUCGCUAUGGCGAAGGUUCUGCGCUCAACGUGCGUCAAAGACAUAGUGGCCGGAAAGAAAUGUCUCGUAUCCGUGGACGCUAACGCGUCAAUCCAUACCGCGUUGGACCUGCUCCGCCGCCACAACAUCACCGCCAUGCCCGUCCGCUCCGCGCCGUCUCUGGCGCAAGUCGCGCAGAGGCGCCUGCUCGCGCAGAUGUCGGCGAUUUCCGCCUCUACGCGACGAACGCAGGAGUAUCCUCGGCUCAUGGCUCCCUCGAACAUGCGUUUUAUCGGCAUGGUCUCAGUGAUCGACAUCACCAUCUUCAUCGCCCGGCGCUGCAACACCACCACUGCUGCCGCCACUGCCACAGCCGCCACCGCCACAGCCGCCACCAGCAAUGGCAGCAGCUUUACCAGUGGGAGUAUCCCUGGCGCUAGUCUGGAGCCGAUUCCGGAGCAGCAGAGCGGGGAGGAUGCGGAAAGGGAGGGAGAAGGAGGGGGGAAGGGUGAGGGGGCAGGGAAGGGUGAGGGGAGCCGUGCAAGCAGUGGAGUGGGGCAGUUGGAGUGGCUGAAAGGGGCGCGUGUGGCGGAUGUGAUGGGGCGGACAGAGGAGACUCGCACGAUGCUGGUGCUGGAUCCCCAUGCCACGGUGUUCCAAGCCAUGGAGAUGCUCGGCUCCCGGGGCUUCCACCGCGCUCUGGUUCCCAACGUGUGCCCCCGGGACCACGACCAGAGCACGGCCAUGCCCAUGCCGUCGCUGCUGCAGUCGCAGCUGGGGGGGGAGGGUGGCGUGGCAGGGGAGGAGUACCGCGUGCUGUCGCAGUUGGACAUUGCCGAGUUCAUGCUCAAGCACGAAGGGCUGCUGGGCCUGGCGCUAGCUAAAAGCAUCGAUGACAUUGGCCUCGUCUGGCCCUCGGUCGUUUCCGUCUCUCCGACUACCCCUCUUUUGGACGCCUUCAACAUGUUUCGGAUCCGAGGGAUAAGCGCCGUGGCAGUGGUUCGGCCCAAGGCAGGUCGGGCAGAUGCGGGGGAGGAGGGGGAUGAGGAGGAGAAGAAGGAGAGGGCUGGGACUUCUGCCGUGCUGCCUCAGUGGCCCAUGGGGGGGUGUGGCAGUGUGCUUUUAGACACGCUUUCGGCCUCUGAUGUCAAACAGGUGGACAUUAGUACCAUCCUGUCUCUCACACCCACCACCACAGUAGCCGAAUUCCUCUCGUGCAAAUCAGCAGCAGUCAAAGCAGCAUCAGAAGCAGCAGCAGCAGCAGCAGCAGCAGCAGCAGCAAGGGCGCCGGUUACAGCUACAGAUGCACCUAUAGCGGGAGAAAUUUUUGAAGCGCCUCAAAAACCGGUUACAGACGCACCUGUAGCCGGAGCAACAGCAGAGACAGGGUCAGGGGCAGCUGGGGGCCCAUCAAGGGGAACAGAGGCGGACGGAGUGGGGGAGACACAGCUAGUUACAUGCACUAGUGCUGCAACGUUGCGUCACGUGCUCUCCCUGCUAGUCACCAAUCGAGUGCAUCGCAUAUGGGUCGUCAAACCACCUCCCAUCCACCCCCUCCCUGCGGCUUCACACCAUAAAGAAUCACUUUCUAGCGAGAAUUUUCCACACGAGGAUGCGAGUACUGUUACAUCAGAUGAGCCUCCUGCCAAAACCCCCUAUAACUUUGCACCAUCCGGCCCUGUGCUCGAGGGCGUUGUGACUAUAUCAGACGUGCUCCGAACCAUGCGUGUGCUCCCGAUACUGCACCCGUGGUCCCGAGACAGCGACCCCGUGCUUACAAAGAGGGGAGGAGGGAGGGAAGCCAGCAACAGCAGCAGCGGAGCUUUCGCUAGCAGCAGUGGCAAUCGCCGUGGUGGUAGCGGUGGCAGCAGUACUACCAGGGGUGUGGGAAUAGCACUUGCAGACAGCAUGUUUGGGCGGAGUGCUAGCUGUAAAGUCCCUGGCGGGCGUUGGAACCCCAACAUCUCCCUCUCAAUCGAUGUGAAUACCUGGCUUGGGACCACCUCCAGUGGACGAGCAAGAGGAGGAGCAACAACAGCAGGAGGAGGAGGAGGAGGAGGAGGAGGAGGAGGAGGAGGAGGAGGAGGAGGAGGAGGAGGAGGGGGUGUUGGUGGUGGCAGUGGUGGUAGUAAUGGUGUUGGGAAAGUGGCCGGGGUUGGAGGAGCUGGAAUAGGAUCAGAUGUGGCGGAAGGGGAGGAGGAGGGAGAUGAUUGGUCGGUGACGUCGAUGACCAGCGAUGACGGUGAUGACGUGGCAGGGCCUGCUACAGUGACAGGCACGUCAGGGUCGAGCUUCGAUUCGUGCUACUGGCUGGACUGGUGGCCUGAGAAGCCGGCGCUGGAAUGACUUGGACCGUUGGAAUCUUGAGUUGCCUCGAAUCAUUGGCUGCGGUGCUGGUGGCCUGAGAAGCUGGCGCUAGAAUAGACUGAUUCCAGUUCAUGGCAAUGUUGGCAGGAUUUGUGGUCCUCCGAAACACGGGUCGAGCUUUGACCCGUGCUACUGGUUGAGUUGGUGGGCCGAGAAGCCGGCUCUGGACUGGAAUGACUCGAGUCUGGUUCGUUGAUAUCAGCUGGAUGGUGACAGGAGAGGCUGGUGUGGUGUGGCAGUGCCGUACCUUGACAGCUAUUGUCCCCUCCGGCCCUCCUCUCAUUUUGCCCCUUCAUUUCCCUUGGUCCUUGCAUCUGUACAUAGGCCUACCUAUAGCCUUUUAUCGCCUUUUAGCACUUCCUCCAUAAAACACAUCCAUUGUCAUUGUCGCAACCAUGUGCCAGCACUGGCCUAGGCUUACAGUAUGCCCCCCCCCCCCCGUCCUAUCCUAAGUGGCAACAUGAGCGCACUUUGUGCGAGCCUUUGUGCCCACCUGCUUGCAGGGGAGACCAGGGAAAUCAGGAAAAACAAUGAAGAGAGUGCUCUUGUUUGCUGGUGUACCGAGCACAGCUUGAUAGGAAGAAAGGGAGAAGCACAUUGUUGGAGGAGUAUGGUACAUCGCGUAGCGAGUUUUUAGCGUUCUCAAAAGAAACGCCUUGCAAAUUC